AUGACUGGGUCCAAGCUCGUCAAUGAUGGAAGGGACGUGGAAGACUUCCUGGGUGGCCUACCUCUGUCCACAAAAACAUAUACCUACGAAGGGAAGAAGCAGUUUGAAGAAAUUGCAAGACUUGAACAUCGCCGCCUAGAACAAUCGUUACGCCAUCUCCAAAUACUUUGUUAUAAACAUCGAUCCCCCUCGUUCAGGAAAGACUUCUCUCUCAAGCUAAACGUUGGCGUCCGUCAGUUCUAUAACCCGACGCUUCACAUUUUGAUUUUGAGAAUGACUUUGCCCGAGCAUUCUGAGAUUACUGGGCACUUUCACGAUGCAGUAAUGCGAGCUUUGAAGUCCAUGGGCUUCGAAACGACAGCAAUCUUCAGGUAUGGAGGAGCAGACAUCAAUGUUGGCGGCGGAAACACAAAACAGCCGGAUUGGGGCUGGGGUCCUGCGCGACGUCCUGGUGUCACGAACCGGCCCUCGGUAGUCCUGGAAGCUGGUCUUUCAGAACCUGAAACGAAAUUGCGCAAUGACGCAAGGAUGUGGGUAGAUCCUACCAGGGGGGAAGCAAACAUGGCCAUCACCAUCAAAAUCAACCGCCGGAAGCCCAUGAUCACAAUCCAGACGUGGGAAUGGGAUUCCAAUUCCCAACGGCCGCAUGUCACACAAUCCUGUGUAAUCGAGAAAACUGGCGACAAUAUCACCGUUUCAAAGCAAGCCCUGGUCAUCCCAUUCAAUCUGCUCUUCCGACGACCUCCUUCCAUUCCUCGAGAGAUUGAUAUCCGAUUACAAAAAUCGGAGCUUGCGAAAAUUGGAGCUGGAGUCUGGGAGAUGCAAGAGCUGUAA